AUUUCCGGUGCCGUCGUCGUGAAGCAGCUAGGCUGCCGAAAGCGGAAAAGAAGAAACUGUUUGUUGUUCUGUUUCACAGACGCGUCGAUAUCUGUGGUCUCACCUGGCGGACAGGAGUCGCAUCCCACCUCCUCUCAGCAGAUUUUCUGCAGGUCAAAGGUCAUGGCACUGAUCUCUUUGGAGGAUCUCGAUGGAUUGGAUGACGAGCAGCUGGACGAUGACAUCACAGACAACCCCGAGCCAAUGGAUGAAGAUGAGUCGGAGCGCCUGAUGAGUCACUGGCAGGCUGUCGCCAGCACACACCAGGUGUCAGUUCCUCAAGAAAUGAGAGGACCCAUACAGGAAAUGACACGCAACAGCCAGCAGAGGGAGCCCCUCCCCUUCACACCCAUCUCAAGCCACGAGAAGAUGGGGGAGGUGCAGUACGAGGAGCGGCUGUACCCGGCGGGUCACUGGGCGUCCGUGACACGAGGAGACGACCUGUACGAGCAGAGCAUCUCCAUGGCCUUCAUGAAGCUGAUGCGCUUCAUCUGCAAGGAGAAUUCUGCAGGUAGAUACCUGGGGAUGACCGUACCCAUCAUCAGUUACAUCCGUAUGGCGAAGGACGGCAAGACAUUUGAGAAGGAUGUGGAGACGGCGUUUUUCCUUCCCGCCGCGCUCCAGCACAGCCCGCCGCAAUCCUGCGACCCUGACAUCAGCAUUGUCUACAGACAGCCAAUCAGAGUGGUCACCAGGCCGUUCUUCGGGACGACCACGGAGGAGACAGUAGGCCGCCAGAUCCUGCUGCUGUGGGAGAUUCUCGGCGCCACUGAUGAGCUGCACAGCGAUCGGUACGCCGUGGCCGUGUACGAGAACCCGGGUGUGCCGCGACGCCGGAACGAGCUCUGGUUCAUCAGGCGUGAUCUUUAGGCUCCUCCCAUCAUGCUCUAUUUCAGCACGUCCACUCACAGCUUCCUGUCAAACUGACAUCAGAGCAGUCAUCUGUUAUGAGGACACUAAGCCCCACCCUUUCUAUUAGCUCACACUUCACAGGUCUGUUCUGAUUGGCUGGAGCAAGGUGAUGAUGCCAUAAGGGCUGAUUGUGAUUGGUUUGUUGGUUUACUUAGAUCGUGUAACAUUUAUUUACAGACAAAAAGGAGGCUCUGCCCGCAUCUUUUCAGUAAUGCAAUCAUCAUCGGUGAUGUAAUCGUGACCGCUGCCAUGGCGUCCAUUCGCAUCGCUUUGAAUUUCUGCAAAACAGGAAGUGACAUGGUGUCGGUACCAGCACUUCCAGUUUAGUCUGAUUGUAGCAACCAAUCAACUGAAAAAGCCAUCUGAAAAGGAACCCCUCCCCCCGGUGCUGUCUAAAGACUGAGGUAUUGAUCACAUGAUCAGCGGCAGCCUGAAACCUUAACACAUGUGGUCGAGUGCGGCGAGCCCGAAGGUCUCAUACAUGUCAUCGCCAGAGGGGGGAGGGGUCACGGGUCAGUAUGUUUUUUAUGCGCUGACAUCACCAGUGCGUUCAGAUGAUUCCUCUAAAUCAUUCAAGCACAUCACACGUCACACGACUCCUUCAGACAUCCUGCCGUCUCGCAUGUGGUUCCUCGCAGGACUGUGAUGUCACUGUGAUGUCAAAGGUUUUGAAUGUUGUGUAGAUUUUGUGUGUUGUUGUUUUUCCUGCUUUGUGUAAAAAUCUUGAAAUAAAAUGUUUGAUUUCAAAAACGUUUGACUUGUUCUCUGACUCGGCAGCUCUGAUUGGUUCUCGCUGGCACCUCUGUGGAAGCCACUGCUUCUUACGCUUCGAUGGUUUCAGUUUCCCAUUGGCCUGCAGGUGGCGCUGUGUGGGUCCAACAGCGACGCUCACUUUGAUACUGAAAAAUGCUUCGAACGAUGGCAACGCCGAGUGAAACGCUUUCCUGUGUUUGUUCUUUUGGAUAAACUUUAUUUCCACCAGCUUCUUUUACAUAGUUUCUUUUUCUAGUUUCAAUCCUGUGUCACUUUUAGUGUGUGGGAGGGGCUGAGAGGCGGAGUCUUGCUGCUGGCUUUGCCGAUGUUUGGAGUCCAGGCGGAGCUCCUGAGCAGCAGAUUAGAUUUGUUUGGUCGUCUCUGUUGUCACUCGAUAAGAAGUUGACAGAAGUCACGCACUGCGAUUUUCAAUGACAUCAGUUUUUGAGGUCGUUUUUGAACGCACGCGACCCGUUCCUGUAAGUCUGCAGGUGCUCAUACCUUUACUUUCACUGAGAAAUUGGGGACUUAUGAGGGGUCAGAGAACAACUGUGUGGAAAGUCGUUCCCAGAGUAUGCAAGGCCACUUGAGUUUUGAGAAGGCAGUGAACUUCCCAGAUGCUGCAACCCACCAUGUGAAUAUGGGAAGGAGUCACAGGCUGCAUGGACGGAUAUGUAUUCCCAUAAAACGUGCCUCCACCCAAGAUGCUGAGGAAUGACAACCACUGGUUUUCCAUUAAUGUCCAAGGUGUGUGCACUCCCCAGUUACAGUUUCCAAUAUUGUUGCAUUUUGGCAAGGUGCCACUAAAGAUCAUUGGGUUUGACUGACCUCAUCACUGCGCGCUCAGAGGAGAUCACGAUGGAUUGUUGCUUGGUGACAGUGCGUCACCCACCUGAGCAAAGGUGCGCACCAGGGCUCUAGUGGAGUGUGUUUGAUGGAGUCGUUUCCAGUCCCUAAGAAUACGCUUUGAUUCACGCCAAAAAGAUGCUGCAUCAUCACAUUACCACCGCCGUUCUUCAUGACUCCCUGAAAGAACACGCAUGCCCACACCCUCCAACACUGCACCUUCAGUUCCAACCAACCACAGACAAGGACCUGCUUACAGAGAUGUAAGCCGCCGAAACGCCACGUUCUGCUUUAAUACACAUUUUCACACAUCAUGGUCAAAUGACUGCAUUCUGUAUUUGUGUCCACUAUAUGAAAGAGUCACAUGACAGGAUGUAACACUUUUUAAUUCAUUGCAGAAAUAUUGAAAUAAAAGGUGGAAGUGAGUGAGUCGGUGUCAGCAGCAUAGAUUUACAUCACUGUGAACUCUUUAACCAGCUGCCGUUUAUGCGACGAUCACACGCGUGUGAACGUGAAGAACAGAUUUUCUGCUUGUAUCAUAAUUUCACACAGAUGACACAGACGCAGGGAUUGCUGACAGCAGCACACUUAUAUUCGCAUUAAGUUGUUUAAUGAUGCGAUUUAGCAGUUUCACAAACAUCGUGGAACUCAUAAACAGCGUUAGCUUUUUGCUAAUGUUUGCGAUGUUUGUAGCUGUGACAUCGUCGCCUUUGUUCAUGAGCUCGAGAAGCUGCAGCCGCCUGUCCGGCGCUCGAAGCUGCUCCUGUGCAGGCAGAUCCUACCUGUGCUGUGUGUCUGUGUGAAACAGAGUGAAAUUGAUCUAAACGUGAACCCUUGAUGUCUGCAGUCUAAGAUGGAGGUCAAAUGACCGCCGCCCCCCGCCCCCUCUGAGGCAGGCAAGGGUCAGAGGUCAGCAGAAGAAAUGUGACGGAGACCUGAGCCCGGGACACUCAGAGGAAAUGUCAGUGUCCAUUUAAAACGCUGCCUCCACCUUUUUCACCGUUAGCAACGCGAGUCUUUAAAUUUUCAUCAGUGCCCCGCCCGCCCGAGCGGCGUGAUCAAUUAUUCAGGCAGCGCUGAGGUCGACACUCUCACAGAGGAGACGCUGCAGAAAACUCCCUUAAACUCAAACCGGCUCCAUCUUUACCUUCACCAUCACAGCUCACCUCCGGGAUCAAAUGACCCACUGUGACCUCACUUCCUGAAACGCUUCAGCUUGCUCCUCGUCCUCGUCUUCAUCCUGUGCCUAAAGCGUGUUCAGCCUCCACCUGCUCCUGUUCAAGCAGGUGAUGGAGGUGUGUGUGGGGGGGGGUGUCACAUGAUUCCUUCAGUCGCUGAGCUGCACUUACGAGGUUUCAUCAGCAGCUGCGGAGGCUGCUGAUUGGUCGGCUGAUGCUGAGUCAGCUGCUCCUCAUCCUCACCGCAGCGCUGCUCAGAGAUUUGGGAUUACAGACCUGCACUUUUAUUACAUGUGGUUGAAUUCCUGAUGUCACUCCUUGUAAAUAAAGUCUGGUCGGCCUCACCCCAGAUUCCACGUUUCGGCUCUAACCCGUGGCGGGUUUAGAGCCGUGUUUUUAUUGGCUGCUGCUUGUCGGAGUGCCUGACGCUCGCUGCGUGGAGGCGUUGCCGAGCGCCUCGGGUAGACAAACAUGAAGCGACAGCUGCGGAGGAAGAUCUACCUGAAGGUCACCUCAGACAGUUCGUGUGUCAUCAGAGCUCAUCUUCAUCAUCCUGUCGAAGAGUUCAGACACUCGACGUGUUUUCAUCCCCUGGCGUCCAGAGUCUAUGCCUCGCUCUGAUUGGUCAGCUGUUUAUAAGUCAAAGAUUAAAACAAAGGUCAUUUUUCAGUUCUAGGAUCGUCAGCGUGACGCUACGCUUGCCAUCUCUUUGCCGCGGACAACCUAAACCAGCAAAGUGCAGGUUUAGUUACCCACGAUGCAUCAGGAAAAGUGGUCGUCUUUGUCACCCUGAAAAGUGAUGAAACACGCCGGUGACCUCUGGAACAACCUUUAGCUCUCCAAUCAUAGCAGCACCAAAGCGCUGACUGACAGCCUCGUGGUCACAGCGGCGCUGACACCUGAACAUAUGAACCGAAGAACUUCAGAUUUGUGAAACGACCUCUUUCAGCGGGUGAAGACGUUAAAAACAGAAACAUGAAGCCAAGCAUCUCAAGGUGAAAGGGUUAAACGCCGCCGCGUUGAAUCUUUCUGCUCCGUGAUUUUCUCUGCGUUUCAUCAGAGUUUCAUCACAUUAAAGGGACACGCACGCAGGCCCACUUCCUGCUGCUCACGCGACUGUGGCCUCAGCAGCUGAGGACAAGGCCCCGCCCCCUCCUUCCUGACCAGAGGCGUGCAGUCACCCUGCAGUUUAAAGCGGUUUACAUCGUUAUCUGCCUGUAGGGAGUCUGAACUCGGCUCCUUGCUCUAUGUGGAGGUGGUGGGGAGGAGGCAGCAUCAUGGCAGGCAGCGGCACGGGGGUGGAGGUGCCUCAGGUCACCCCGAGGCCCGCCGCUGAGGUUUAAUGAGGCCGACAGCCGAGCACCGGUUUCAGCCGGCCUCAUUAAAGCGGGAGAACAAACCGAUCUUAAUGAGGAGAACAUGAAGGCGCGUGGGUGUUGUCACGGCAACAGGGACAGCUGAGGAUGGAGAUGGAGUCUCGUUACUGAGCUGAGGUCAAAGACGCUGAUGAGCUGUAACUAACAGGCUCCUCAUGGUCACAUGACCAACAAGCAUCACCUGAGGAAGCGUGGGCCGGGCUCCGGUGCCCGCAGGCUGAGCGUGCGUCCCAUCGACCCGCAGCAGCUGAUCUGAGUGAUAUUUGAGCGAUUAGCUCUUUGACACCAAACUGAGCUUCGCUCGUCUUCAUCGAAACGGCGUCAGGAGCGGGGGCGUUCAGAGUAUUCAUCCAUAAAGAAAAUGGCAGCACGUCAGGUUGAGCCUGCGUCUGCAGCGGCGCGGUGUGAGCAGGUGUUCGUUCUGCAGAACAACAAAGUUUUAAAUGAAGAGCAAAGUUUAGAUUAUGGAAACGAACAUGAAUUUACAAAAGUACUCG